AUGUCCGCCACGCAGCACCAGCAGAACCCCUCCAUCAACACCAGCCCUGACGCUGACCUCGCCGCCCGCCUCGCCGCCCCCGUGUCCCCCACCACAGAGAAGUCCGCCGCCGAGGCCAUGCGCCGCACCUCAGAAUGGCACCCGCCCAGUUCGUCAUCUGGCUCCGCGCCCCGCCCCCAGCGGACCUUCUCUUUCGACCGCGAGGACCACAAGCACGCCAUGAUGGCCGCCAGCGGCACGCUCUCGGCCCGGGUUGCGCCUGGGGCGGGUGAUGCUUCAGGGUUCAGUGAGAAGGGGGCGCCGGCCUAGGCUUUUUUUUCUUUCCUCCAUUCUCUCUCGAGAAUCAGGACGGAGAAGGGAGCAGGGAGCAAAUCGCAAGGUUCGGUGGAAAUGACAGUUGCUUUUGUGCUUCUUGGUGUGAUGUUACGUGAGGUCGUGAAUCGGACGUGGCCGAUCUGUCGUUGGAGGCCAGGUGAAUGGUCUCUGCUCCUGCUCGUACGACGCACAGGCCGAGAAUCGGCAUUGCACACCUGAAAAGCAUAGCUUUGGAUGGUUUAUUCACCUCACCUAUUGUUGCCACAUCAUCAAAGAGAAAUGGAGUUUUGAGCUGAGUUCGGUCAGGGUCUACUCUUGUACAGUGGCGUGGUGGUAAAAGUUUAACAUGGACCCCAGAUUGCAUGGCGCAUCAUGGUUUGAGAUACAGCACCGCUCAUUUAAUGUUCGGACGGGUUGCGUUUGCCACAGUUUUGAAGAAUUCAUAAAUUGAAUUGAGAUGGUCCGCCU